AUGCAGCUCUAUUUUGUGGCUCCAAACGUCUUACAGCAAUCUGCAUCUUCUUCUUCAGGGAGAAAUUAUGGCAGAGGAGUCGACUGAUGAUCUUAGCUGCGGUUUAUAUGUUUUUGGACGCUCCUCUGAGUCGUGCAUAGGACUACCAGCACUAAGGAUUCACUCAAUUAAAAAAAAUAGAGAUACUUAGUUGAAAUAUCAAGACUUAAACUUCUGCAUCUAGCUAAUACGCCGUCUUUGUCCCCUUCCAUCCUCAACAUAGUGCUGAAAGAUACAUUUAGUAAAUCUUUUAAUAAUGUAAAUGUCAUUACAUGAUUUCUUUUCAUCUUCUAAUCGCAAACAGCUUCGAGUGGUUUAUUUUCUUCGUCCGGCAUGAAAGACGAAGAUGCGGAUGGGAAAAGGCUCCGAGGACCCUCCGUAGAGCAGAUGAAUAGUCCUCCUAUUUCCAAUAUCAUGAAGGUGCUGGAGGAGCGCGGAGUAGAUAAUCAAAACAGUGACGAAGCUAGUAAAGAGCAGCACGAAGACCAGAAGAACAUCGUCAAAGAUGAGCCUCGUCCUCAGACGAGAUACGAUGACACGUUGGAGAUAGACGACAUGCCGAUUUUUGCGGUUGAGCCACAAGAACAAUCAGCAUGUUCCAAGACAUCGACACAGAGACUCCUGAAUGACGAGGUUAACCCAAGAAACCAUGGCUUAGUCGCUGAACAAGAACCCCUACCAACACAUGCAGUUGUAGCACAGGGACAACUAGAUCAUGAAGGCGAUCAAGACAAACUCGUAGUAGACUACGUACUUGAUGCAGUCGAAGAUGAUGAUGAGCAACUACAUCAACAACCGAC